AGUGUUUAUAAAUGCUGUGAAGUAAAAAGACACUAAUGUACUGUAAUAUACGAAGAAGUAUAUAAAAACUAAAAGUGUUAGAUCCGGGAAAACACUUUAAAUGCCAUAAUUCCAGUGGUUUCAGAAGCGCGCGGUUAGGUUUGAGAAAAUGGCGGACGCGCGUGCAUGCAGUGCUGCUGUACAGCGUGUCGCCAUAACCGAGUUCUCCGAGCAAAAACUCGACUUUUUGUUACUCUAUAUAAAGCGUUGCAGAAACAUUGUCAGUUAUUUUUACUGCGUUGCCAUAAAACAAGUGAAGCUGAAAGCUGUUGCACUGAGGUGAAUUUAGAUCUCGGGUGGCUGUAAAGCCUGGGCAAAGUCUAGGCACUAUUGUUUAGUCCUACUGAGCUCUAGAUCUUACCAUGAUCAUUUAGUUUUCAUCCAGAUUUAUGAGAAAACACCACGGUUAAAUAAUCAAAUAAUCUUAGCUGUGACUGUAAAUAGAAUCAUUCUACUAACCUUUUAUGUGUUUUGCAAGUGUAGAUUGAAAUAGUUCAUUCUAACAAAGGAAAAGCUGGAAGGAAUUAAUAUUUGGGGUGUUUGUGUCAUUGCGAUGUUUGUUUUUUUUAAAUGUAUGUACACUUGUUUUUCCAAAUAAAAUAUAUAUUUUAGAAAUCAAGCCUUGCAUUCACUGUGAGCUUUUCUUUGUGGUUUUUAAGUAGGAGAUUAAGAUGUACAGUAAAACAGUUCAUCCUAACAGAAGCCAUGGAGACUGAAUAUACGCAGAUUAAUCGGAAUAGAUGUAUAACUCUUUUUUGUUUUCUAUACUGUAAUGCUUUCCAAAUAAAAUCAAGAUGAUCCUGUAUAUCUUCUAAAGCAUUUCACCUUUUCUAUUUGUUCUCCUUUUAGGAUUGAAUAUGGCAGAAUUGAGUGAAACGCUGCUGUUCUGAGGAACAGUUGGUAGAGAAGUGGGGGGUUUGCUGGAAGACAAAGGGACAGAAAGCAGAGCCUGAUUGCUGAAGAAGGUUUCAUUGGGGGUGCGAACAUCUGGCAGCGUUCGUGUGGUGCGCAUGCGCAGUACACAUUACGACCAUUACAUCAAAAAAUGGCGGCGGCCGUUGAGAAUGUUGUUAAAGUGAUGGGAGAGCAGUAUUACAAAGAUGCCAUGGAGCAGUGUCACAGCUACAAUGCCCGGCUGUGUGCAGAGAGAAGCAUCCUCAUGCCUUUUCUCGACUCCCAGACUGGAGUAGCUCAGAGCAACUGCUACAUCUGGAUGGAGAAAAGGCACAGGAGUGCAGGCGUAGCACCAGGGCAGUUAUACACGUACCCUGCCCGCCGCUGGAGGAAGAAGAGAAGGGCACAUCCACCAGAGGACCCCGCUUUGGUUUUCCCCCCACUCAAAACAGCCGACCUUGAAUUGGGAUUGAAAAAAGAUGGGUUAGGGCCUUUGGAUGGAAGCAGCCUGGAGGCUUUGCUGAAAGGAGAACCCAUGGAUAAGAGAGCCGCUCCAGAGCUCAGGGGCCCAGAGGAAGACCAGAGUCUGGCAGACAUCACAGGCACUGCCGGGGCUAGUAGCCACAGUGGAUCCACACGUGUGAGAAAGAGAAUCCUAGAACCAGAAGACUAUCUGGAUGACCUGGAUGAUGAAGAUUUUGAGGAGGAGACCCCAAAAAGACGGAAAGGAAAAUCUAAGGGUCGUGGAGUCGGAAAUGGGAAGAAAAAAACAGAAGCAGCUGCAGCAGCUUUGGAAGAUCGUGAUAAACCAUAUGCCUGUGAUAUCUGUGGAAAACGCUAUAAGAAUAGACCAGGCUUGAGUUACCACUACACCCACUCUCACCUGGCUGAAGAAGAGGGAGAGGAAAAAGAGGAGGCUGAGAUCCACACUCCUGCACCACAGGAGGAAACCAAGACUCCUAAGAAAGGUCCCAAUGGCUUGGCACCGCCAAAUGAUUACUGUGAUUUCUGCCUGGGUGACUCCAACAUGAACCAGAAGACGGGCCAGUCUGAGGAGCUGGUGUCCUGCUCUGACUGUGGACGCUCGGGCCAUCCUUCUUGCCUGCAGUUCACAGCAGUGAUGAUGGCAGCGGUAAAAACAUAUCGCUGGCAAUGCAUUGAAUGCAAGUGCUGCAAUGUUUGUGGCACGUCUGAGAAUGAUGACCAGCUUCUGUUCUGUGAUGACUGCGACAGAGGAUACCAUAUGUACUGCCUCACUCCUCCUAUGUCCGACCCACCAGAAGGAAGUUGGAGUUGUCGUUUGUGUCUGGAUCUUCUGAAGGACAAGGCUUCCAUCUACCAAAGCCAGAAUCCUACAGUAGAGUAAUCACAUCAGCAGGACUGCUCGUGAGAAAACACAUGAUCACACACUCCCUUUGAUCCAGCUCAUACACACCAACUAAAAAUCCUUUUUACACUACAUGAUCUAGACUUUGAUGUCUUCACAACAUCGUUAUUAGCCUGGUGUGACAGCUGAGGAGAGGAGAAGGUAGAGCGGGAUGGAGACUUUUACUUGGCAGCACAUGUGCAGAGACCUUCACUUCAUGCCACGGUUGCAGCAUUAUUGUCUGACACAUUACUACAUAUAUUAAGUGUUUUAAAUGAUUUGAGCACUAAGGAAAGUAAAGAAAGUGAUUAUUUCCAUAAAUAUCCCUCACUAAUGGAUAUGAAGAGCUGGUUCAUGUUAUAUAUGUUGCCAGAUUGUUGUUUUUGUUGUUUUUUUCCUUGCUUGUUUACAGUGCAUGUCAGAAGAAAUCACAUGGCCUUAUUCUGACAAGAUUAUGGUGUAUUUUAAUAUCUAUAUGUAUCGGAAGUACACUUGUUGUUGAGUUUUUUCCUUGCAGGAAUUAAUGGUGCCAAGGUCCACAUUCUCAAAAGCAUUUUUCCUUCAUUCAUUUAAGUAUUUGACAAACUGUGGAGUUUUGUGUCUGUUAGUAUUUGGUAAUGAAUGUGAUGCUGUCUUAUGUUCCUUUUAUAUUGCCCUUUCUUCAAUAAACAUACAUGUAACACAA